AUCCUUCGUGUACAUUCUGCGGCAACAAAAUGGCAGCCAUCAGGAAAGCAUGUUGUGGGCGAGGUGACAAAUCAUUAAAUAGACUGCGUUUGAAGUUGUCAGCAUCGAAAGAUAUAUCGAGUGUUGCAUGUUUAUCUCAGUUUCAUUCACUCUGUCGGGUGCAACAUGUCAAUUUCAAUCUGAAUCUAUUCAGGAACACACUGCCAAGCUUAACAGUGAAUAUUAAACAGAUUCACUCCAGUAGAAAAAAUGAUAAACAAGACUAUUACAAGGUGCUUGGUGUGGACAAGACUGCUAAUCAAAAAGAGAUUAAAUCUUCAUAUUAUAAGCUUGCUAAAAAGUAUCAUCCUGAUGUGAGCAACAAUGAUGAAAGUUCAGCCAAGAAAUUUAAAGAAAUAUCAGAAGCUUACGAGGUUCUUGGUGAUGAAAAUAAACGUAAUCAGUAUGAUACAUUUGGUAUGACUGGUGGUGGCGCUGGUGGGGGACCACAAGGUGCAGGAGGUUUUGGUGGUUUUGAGAGUUAUCAAAGUCAAGUAGACCCCGAGAUGUUCUGGAAUAUGUUUAAGGAUUUUGGAUUUAGUGGAUUUGAAAGUCAACAGUUUGAGAGUAAAUGGGGGACAGCACCAGCAAGUGAGUUACAUAUGAACCUAACAUUUGAGGAGGCUUGUCGUGGUGUGAACAAAGAAGCUGAAAUGAAUGUAGUUGAGGAGUGUUGGCAAUGUAAGGGAACCAGAGCUGCACCAGGGGUUAAACCACAGACAUGCCCUCAAUGUCAUGGUACAGGAAUGGAGACAGUCAGUACGGGAAUAUAUGUUAUGAGAAAUACGUGUCGCAUGUGUGGUGGACAAAAAACUAUUAUUAAGAAAAAAUGUAAUGUUUGUACUGGUAAAGGAAAGUUGCUGAGAAGAAGAUCUAUUGUAAUUCCUGUACCAGCUGGUAUAGAAGAUGGUCAGACUGUGCGUAUUAAUGUCAAUAAGCAAGAAGUGUUUGUAACAUUUAAGGUAGGCAAGAGUAGAAUAUUUCGUCGUGAAGGAGCUGAUGUACACAGUGAAGCUACUAUAACAAUAUCCCAGGCUGUACUUGGUGGUACUAUACGAGUACCCGGUAUUUAUGAUGAUAUACUUUUAAAUAUCCCAGCUGGUACCCAGUCCCAUGAUAAGUUAAAGUUAUCUAGUAAAGGAAUCAGCCGUGUAAAUAGCUAUGGUUAUGGUGACCAUUUUGUCAGCUUUAAAAUCAAAGUUCCUUUACAUUUAACAGCAGAACAGAAAGCUCUGAUGCUGUGUUAUGCUGAGACGGAGAGAAAUGUUGAUGGAACUAUAAAUGGUAUUGUGGAUACAAAUAAAGGUAAGAGAGCAGUGGAAGAUAAAGAAGGCUUUAUAAACCAGAUACGUGAUGCUGUACAGGAGAUGUCAGAUUGUAACAAAACAUUCAAACCAAAUACAACUAGUAAACACAAGUCAAAUACUAACACAGAUUCCAAAAACUGUACUGCAAAUGAUACAGGACAUGAUGAUCAUGUAACAACUGGUGAUAAUGAUGAUAAAAAUAAUAAUAAUAAAGAUGAUGAUGACAGCUCAAUUAAAACAAAGCAAGCUUCCUGAGAUAGUUGAACAUACUGUAUUGAUUGAUUGAUAGCAAUAUUGAUAACUGAUGUGACGUGUGUAGAUUUUCUACAUUCAGACAUCAUCAAGAUCUUAUAAUAAAGUGGAUGUAAAAGUGAUACAUGUUGUUCACAAAUAUGAAAUGUUCAUACUUCACUUGUCUUUCAGCAUUAACAUUUGAAAUAGAAAGAGAGCAGUAGAAAGAGUACAGAUAUAUACAAUGAGUUAAACUUGUUCUGUAUUCUCUAUUUUGUGUGCUUUUUGUGCUAUAUACUCCACAUCUCAGAGAGCACAUGUUGUAGUGGGCUGCUCUGUCUCAUGGUUGAUAUGGUUGUUAAAUGUUAACAAAUAGUUCUGCUACCACUAUUAAACAAUACUAAACUAUUAUCAUAUAUUAUCUGCACAGUGUAUGUUUUAAUGAAAUAAUUUUAUUACAUUUUAAUAAGUGAUCAGCUUAAUAUCUGCAGUUUAAUAUUUACUGAAGAAGAAAAAAUGUUUGUUAUUAAGAAUGUGAAUGUUGUUAAGAUACAUAAUUACAGUUGGUCAAAUUUACAAUUUAUACUUCGAAAACAUUGUUGUUUUUUUUGCUUGAAUGUAGAAAAAUGGGGCUAUCCUACUCCAGUGUCGGAGUCAGCGUUGGUGUAACACUUUGGUUAAAGUUUUGCAUGUCCUAUAAAACAUCAUAUCUUAUUAACCACAAAAGAUAUUUGCUGGUAACUUCACACACUUCUUUUGGAUCAUAAGAAGUCACUUUCCAAGACCCACAACUUUAGUUUGGAUUUUGGCAAAAUUAUAACCCUUUGUGGACUUAGAAAAUUCUUUUUUCAAUAUUUUGCAUCAAUCUUAAUGACUACUAACAGUUUGGAGGUCACUGCCCAAGCCUCAAGGCCCAUAAACCUUGGCAUGGAUUUUGUUUGAAAUAUGGCCUUUUGUGAACCUAAAAAUUAUUUGGUCAAAGUCCAGAUCUCAUAAUUAUGUCACAAUUUAUUUCAAAUGAAAUCUUUUUUUAUGCCCCUCAAAAUUGGGGCGGCAUAUAGUUUUUGAAAGGUCCGUCUAUACGAACUUUGUCCGGUCCAUAACUUUGCCAUUAAUGGAUGGAUUUUAAAAUAAUUUUGUAAAAAUGUGUCGCAAAUUAGGACAAUGUGUCAUGUACAACAUCUAGGUUUGAAGCUCAAAGGUCUGUGUUACACUGACUUAAUUUAAAACAAAUUAAUAAAAAUGCACGGAUGUUU